AUGGGCAUCUGCACCCUGGCGCUCACUGACACGCUCUCCAUGCCCUUGUCAGCCUCUGAGAAGCACCGGGGGAACCUAAAGCUCCCUGGCGGGAUGAAGGCCUCUCAUUUGGACUGGAGAGCAACCGCUGGAGGAGCAUUCAUGAGAAACAUUCUAGCAGAUGGCGAGGGACGCGCAGAGGGGCGACGCUUUCUCUGCCGACUUCACAUCCUCCAAAAGUUGGCAAGCAGUACCUGUGAGUCUGCCUCUGCACGGAUCCGCCUGCCCCCGCGUCCCACUUCCGGCGUCCGGGAGGAGAGAAAGAGGCUGCGGGGGCGGCGAGCUCCGCCCUCGGCCUGGGUGCGGGUGACUUCAGGGAGCACAUUCAGUGAGGUUUUAAGAAGAUACACCGCGUACACCAUCCAGCGUCGGAGGCAUCAUGGCUUCUGGGUAAAGAAGAAGACCUACCCACAAGAAGACGACUUCCAUCAUACAGUCUUCAGCAACCUUGAAAGAUUGGAUGAGCUUUGGCCCAGUCUUGAAACCUCUGAGGAGUCCCCAGCUCACAAGGAGGGAGGAGAUGGAGAGAGGCCAGUCGACAUGAGGGUGGUGCAGGCGGCCCCUCUGGGGUGUGACUCUACUCCUCAUGAGGACGCUGUACACGACAUCGCUAAUGAGGACACUGUAUACGACAUUGCUAAUGAGGACGCUGUACAAGACAUCGCUAAUGAGGACGCUGAAUACGACAUUGCUAAUGAGGACGCUGUACAAGACAUCGCUAAUGAGGACGCUGAAUACGACAUUGCUAAUGAGGACGCUGUACAAGACAUCACUAAUGAGGACACUGUAUAUGACAUCGCUAAUGAGGACACUGUAUAUGACAUCGCUAAUGAGGACGCUGUACAAGACAUCACUAAUGAGGAUUCUGUAUAUGACAUUGCUAGUGAGGACACUGAAUACGACAUCGCUAAUGAGGACAAGGUACAAGACAUCGCUAAUGAGGAUGCUGUAUAUGACAUUACUAAUGAGGACACUGAAUACGACAUCGCUAAUAAGGACAAUGUACAAGACAUCGCUAAUGAGGAUGCUGUACAAGACAUCACUAAUGAGGACACUAUAUAUGACAUCGCUAAUGAGGACACUGAAUACGACAUCGCUAAUGAGGACACUGUACAAGACACGAUAAUGAGGACGCUGUACAAGACAUCACUAAUGAGGACACCGUAUACGACAUUGCUAAUGAGGAUGCUGUAUAUGACAUCGUUAAUGAGGACGCUGUAUAUGACAUCGCUAAUGAGGACACUGUACAAGACAUCACUAAUGAGGACACUGUAAAUGACAUCGCCAAUGAGGACACUGUAUACAACAUUGCUAAUGAGGACACUGUACAAGACAUCACUAAUGAGCUACAUCGCUAAUGAGGACACUGUAUAUGACAUCGCUAAUGAGGACACUGAAUAUGACAUCGCUAAUGAGGACACUGUAUACAACAUCUCUAAUGAGGACACUGUAUAUGACAUUGCUAAUGAGGACACUGAAUACGACAUCACUAAUGAGGACAAUGUGCAAGACAUCGCUAAUGAGGAUGCUGUACGAGACAUUGCUAAUGAGGACACCAUAUAUGACAUUGCUAAUGAGGACACUACUAUCACUAAUGAGGACACUGUAUACGACAUUGCUAAUGAGGAUGCUGUAUACGAGGUCGCUAAUGAGGACGCUGUAUAUGACAUUGCUAAUGAGACGCUGUAUACAACAUUAAUGAGGACACUGUAUAUGACAUCGCUAAUGAGGACACUGUAUACGAGAUUGCUAAUGAGGACGCUGUACAAGACAUCACUAAUGAGGACGCUGUAUACAACGUCGCUAAUGAGGAUGCUGUGUAUGACAUUGUUAAUGAGGACGCUGUAUACGACAUCGCUAAUGAGGACACUGUAUACAACAUUGCUAAUGAGGACUCUGUACAAGACAUUGCUAAUGAGGACGCUGUAUGUGACAUCGCUAAUGAAGAUGCUGCAUACAACAUCGCUAACUGAGGACACUGUACAAGACAUCGCUAAUGGGGACACUGCAUAUGACAUCGCUAAUGAGGACGUUGUAUAUGACAUCGCUAAUGAGGACACUGUAUAA